CUUGAGACCGUCAUUUCUCCCUGUGCUCCCAACCUCUUUCUCCGCACAGCAUGCUGUUCUAUAGGGCUUGCGCUUCCCGUGUAUUCCACUUUUAAAGCUAUUGAGGACAAUGAUCCAUAUCAGCAACAAAGAUGGCUAUUGUAUUGGGCAGCUUAUGGAUCUUUCAGUGCUGCAGAAAUGUUUACCGAAAAAAUAUUUUCCUGGAUUCCAUUCUAUUACCAUGCAAAGUUUGGCAUUUCUUCUUGGCUACAACUUCCCACUCUCAUGUAAGCUUAACGAAAUGUGCCUCAACCAAUUCUUUUCCUGCUAUGCUUCUCAAUUUUCGGUGUAAUAACCUUAUCUUGGUUUGCUUGUUGCUCUUGUAUUGUUAUUUUAAUUGGGGAAGGUAGAGUUUCUUUAUUCUGUUCUUUUACUCUUAUUAUAAUUGUUUUCUAAUAAUUAAGUCGUAUCAAACAUAAACAAGUUAACAAAACAAAUAAAAAUUGUUGAACAGGGUGACAAGACAAAUGUUAUUCACUCACUUGCGUCACAGUCCUGUUGAAGAAGAUAAAGAUAGAAUGGAUUUGAUUGUUGAAGUUUGUAUGGUGUAA